UCUAAAGUUGCGUUCAGAGGUGGCAGUCGGUGCUGGAGCAGCGCAGAAGCCGGCGGGAGGCUGACUGAUGCCUUCAGUAACGUAAUGACAGGCUCUGGCUCGCUCUAUGGUUGCUACAAAUCACAGAAUGAAGAAAAUGUAGAGCUACCUCAGACCUACAGCUCUUCCCUUUCGCCAUCAGAGUACUCAGCUCCUGUGGACUCCUCCCUUCUAUAUACACCGUGGUCUACGUGUGGAGAUGAUCCUAAGCAGCCUGCUGCUUCUCAGAUGAAUGUGAAGUCCAGGAUUCAACCUGAAAGGAAUGACUAUGGCAGUGAAACAGAUUUGUAUGGACUCGUGUCUAAUAUCUUGGAAGAACAAGACAAAUCGCAGCCGUACUGUGCUGAGGGGAGUUGCCCUUCCAGCUUGAAGUCAGUGUGGGCCAUGAACACAACCAGAACCACAGACCACCAUGACCUGUUGCCAGAAACUAAAAGACCAGUUGUUGGAGCUGUCUCACAACAGGGUUUUUAUAGUAGCAGCGAAUCUGUGUCUGCUGCUGAGAAGCAGUACUUACAAAGUGAUAAUAUUGCAUCCCAGCAGAAAGCAGAGGAGUGUUAUCCCGGGUUUCCUGGCAUAGACCUGGAAGAGCAGUGUUCAUACCCUUCCAGGAAUGAUCAUGCCAACUGCUGCAACAUGCAGACUAAUGAGAAUAUUAAGACAACCUCCACAUAUCAGAACUAUUCAUACAUUAAAAACACCUUUACACCCCAAGUUGUGUAUUCAGAUGUAACCAAAGACUCGGGAGCCGAUGCUUAUCCUUACGGAAGGGAGAAGGUGUGUCCCAAGGCAGCAGAGGUGCAGUCGCACCAGAAGCAGCCGGAAACAUUUCUUCCACAGUUUCACAGAUAUAAUGAAAAUGCAGAUUAUAGUAGAUACACUGAAUAUUCUCAUGCUGGCAAAGCAAAGCCUAACAAGAGCACCAAUAGUAGCCUCCAAGAAAAUAAGAAGUUAGUAAAUGGCACCGUUGAGGCACCAUCUCUGGACACAGAGCCUUAUACUAAAUUAUUUCAAAUUAAAUCAGGAACUCAGAAAAAAAUAGAAGAUAAUAUUUCAGAUCAGCAAAACUUCACAUUUCCCGAAGCUGUAGGACUUCUGUCGGAAAAACAAUUUGCAAAUGAAGCUUCAUUCUGCACUGAUUUGGGGAAAAAAUUUGAUUAUGGACUAAAACCUUUCACAGCUUCUCUGGGGAGCGGUGACUGUGGGAAUGGUGUGGAAAAGCAGCAGUUCUCCAAGUCCGAUCUCCAGAACUCUGAAUUCUGUAAAUCGCUUCCCGUGUUGCCAAGCUCUGCGAACCCUUCAGCAGGCGCCAGCGUGAGGCCGCCUUGGAUGAACAUUCCAGCCAAACCCGCUGCUUCCGGCCCAUUUCAGAAUCCAAACCCUUUGUUGAAACUCAGUAAUCGUUUACCUGCUUUUCCCAAAAGUUCUGGUCAUUCUCAUGAUUUUUUUCAGUUACCAUCUUCAAAUUUCCUUUUAAAUAGUAAUUUAUUUCACAAGUACUGUCAAGAUAAUCCUUCCUCAAGUCUUGAUUUUGGUUACAACGCCACAGAACGAGCCCGAUCUGCUGCUUGCAUGGAAGCACUAGUUAGGAGUGGAGAAGAGAAUCUCAUUGAGUAUUUAAGUGAAAAGAAAUCAAAGCAGCCAAACGGAUUCUGCGACAUUUAUUCGGCUCAGCAGUUGGGGAUCAUUGAGAAUAUGAACAGACAGCGUUUCCAGUUGAAGCCACCGAGUGAGCAUUACGAUCUGGAAGGACAAAAACACGCAGAUGGGUUGUUGCAGACCAUGUACCAGGAUUUACUGGAGUCUCAGGGUCAGUUUAAUCUCAGGCAGAGCAGCGGGGACAGUAACGCCGUCAGCCCUGUGACGUGCCUGCAGGCUCCAGGCUUCUCCAGCAGUUUGGUGGGUGACCUGAGACAGAACCAGCAGCUCGGUUCAAGCCCGUUCCCCUUGAGAUCAGCUCGGCUCUUGGGCUGCUCCAUUGUCCCUCUGAUGGAGUCUCACCCCUUGUUCUCCCACGAGGAUUUAAAACAUUUCUACUCUUAUUUUAACGAUAAGCUCUAUGGCGACGCUGCUUUUUCUAGUUUUGUGCCAGCGUUUGGAUAUCAAAGACAAGUUAAAACCCGCAGCGGGCCUGCCAGCGAGCUUCAUGUUAGACUGGAAGAAUGUUAUGAGCAGUGGAGAGCUCUGGAGAAAGAAAGAAAGAAGACUGAAUCAGCUCUUGCUAAGAAUUUCCAAGGGAAAAAGGUUUCCAGUGCUAACAACACUCCAAUUCCAAGGCUGACAUCAAACCCAUCAAGAGUCGAUCGCUUAAUUGUGGAUGAGCUGCGUGAACAAGCCAGA